AUGCCUUCAAAAGAAGAAAUUAAUAAAGAAGAGCCGUUAGACCAACGUGACGACACGCUUGUUGGUCAACGUAAGACUAAUACGAAUUUACAAAUUAAAAUAUCGGUUGACCAACAAGAUUCCUUUUCUUCCACUUCUGACUCCACUUUUUCAUCACCUAAUGUGAGCAGAAUUAGCAGUAGUAGCAGUAUUAACGAAGUUAUGGGGGCAGCAGAUACUUUUUCGAAUACAUGUACUACCACCUCCUCAUCGCAUACAAACUUGCCCCAUGGAAGACGUCAAACUAUAUAUUCUCCUGACGUCAUUGAAAAAGAUUUAUUGGAUAAGCAUGAUAAUAGAGAAAAUAAAGAUGAAGAAUUGAUAUUAGAAGAGACUGAUAGAAAAGUCACGAUCGGGACAGACACUCAGUUGUCGUCGUCUUACAGUGAGAAUAAAGUACAAACCGUUAUACGCCGUCCAGAUUCUGAUCUUGCCGUUCAGAUCACAAAUAUCACGAAUUUAUCAAUUAUGAGUCUUGACUUGGCUGGUUUAGUUUCAAAAGUCGCGUUGGAAACGGUAAAAAUGUCAACUCGAGCUGGACUUGGCAUUGCAAGAGCUGUAACCGCCAGAACAGAAAGAAAGAACUCGACACGUAGCGUUGGUGCGAAUGAUAGCGGGAUUCUUGACGCUUCUUCCUACCUUCUACAUCAAACUUUGUCAUUUACUGAACAAAUUGCCCUGGCUGGAAUUGAAUUCACCUCGGAAACUGUGCAAUAUACAAUAUCCACAAUAGCCGAUAGUAUAUCGGUAAUCGACACACUAUUUGGAACUACAGAAACCGCGAAAGCAUUAACAGAAUUUGUCCAGUUAGUUAAGCGAGAAUGGAAUGCAAAAGAGGAAGGUGAAGAAUCACUAGAAGAUAUUGGAUCAUUCGGUGCUUUUCGAGUUAUUAAAGUAUUAACCGCAUGGGCAUCUUUACAGUAUGUCACUGGUAUGAGAUGGGAGAUGGAAAUGGGUGGAUGGAAGAAAGUGAAGUUGGUAGAUUUUUGGGACUUAUUAGACGAUUGGGUCGAGGUUAAUCAUGACGAUUCAAUUUACGAGGAAAUUAAUUGGUUAGUUGAAGAAGAGGAUGAAGAAAUAGUAGUGAUUAGCUCAAAAAAUGACGGGAAUAAUAUCGUGGUCGGUGAACUUACUCAACCGGAGCAUAAUCGAUUAAAUGUACCCAAUGAUUUAUAUUCGAAAAGAUUAAGCGAACUUUGGGCGGAUGCCAACAAACGCAUCAGUAAUCCUUAUAUGGAUGAGUUUAUUGAUCAAACUGAAGAGGAAAAAUUAUACUCAUUAUUACACAAUCUUAAGCGAUACUCGAAGUUCUCUUCCACGGCCUAUGACGUAAAGACAGCGAUAAUGAAUCGAUUACCAUUUCAGCGGCAUCGAACUCAUCAACAUCGGGUCACCUUUGCAAGAGUAAAUGACUUACCUCUAGAUUCAAUAGUUCACUCUUCUCAUCAGAAUCCACCUUCCACCGGUAAUCACUAUUCGCCAACUUACUAUUUAAUUCGAGAUCACUCGGCGAAAUCAAUUAUUCUCGCACUACGCGGAACAAUGUCAAUACAUGAUCUAAUUGUAGAUUUAUCAUGUGAAUAUGAAGAUUUCAUAUUACCCGAAGAUAUUCAAAGUGGAGAUUUGACACCUAAUAAAGUACAUAGAGGAAUGAUGAAGGUAGCAAAAGCUUUGGCAACUCCGGGACAAUCAGGCGUAUUUGAAACGUUGAAACGUGAAUUGGAGCAAAACGAAGAUUACGGUCUUGUGUUGAUUGGACAUUCCUUAGGUGCCGGCAUCGCAAGUUUAUUGGCACUUCUUUGGGCUUCACCGAAAACUCGCAUGACGACACGAUGGAGUUGUCUGCCAUUAGGACGUCGUGUUCAUGCAUAUGCCUUUGCAACACCUUGUGUGAU